CGGAAGGAUAGCUAUGAACUACUGUUAAGCAGAGCAAUGCUGUUCAAAAGCCAUUAGAUUCGCGCGGGUUGUAAAGGAGCGAGCGGUUGUAGCCAGUAUCCCGUGAAAUUCGAUAGUUGUAACACCAUCUGCAUGCAACAUUUCGUAAGGACGUAAGACCAAGAGCUACCCAUUACACCGACCACAUCACCAUCAUGUUCAAGUUUUUCCGAAAAUCCCAGCCGAAGGAAUCGGAGAGUCGUGAGGCGCAGAAGAAGGAAUUAUUUCAGUUCACAAAGUGUGUUGAACAUGGUUUCCCAAGUAAGCCAAGUGCCCUGGCUUAUGACCCCAAACUGCGACUGCUGGCUAUUGGAACAAAGACUGGCGCUGUCAAAAUCUAUGGCCGUCCCGGGGUAGAGAUGAGUGGUCUACACCAGGAAGACGUACAAGUCAACCAGCUCUUCUUCCUCAGUGAACAGGGCCGCCUCAUCUCCCUGUGUAGUGAUAACAGCCUGCACUUGUGGGAAAUCAACAUCAGAGAUAACACCGCUGUUCUUGAUGAGGUCAAGCAUUAUAACAUGGAAUCCAGCAAGCUUAAGAGCAUCUCUGCCUGCUGUCUGAGUUCUAAUGGAAGCCAGCUGCUGUUGGGGACAGAAGGUGGUAACAUUCUCCUGUUGGAUGUCAGCAACUUUACACUACUGGAUCAGAUAAUAUACCAGGAUGUUGUUAUGCAGAAUGUGCCAGAUGAUUUCAAGAUCAACCCAGGUGCAGUGGAGGCCAUUGCUGUGCACCCUACCAACCCAGACAAGUUUCUCAUUGGUUACAAUCGUGGUUUGAUUGUACUGUGGGACAACAAGGAGAGCAAUGCUGACAAGACCUACAAUGCUACACAGCAAUUGGAGUCUCUGACUUGGCAUAGGAAUGGUACAGAGUUUGUCAGCUCGCAUGCUGAUGGUAGUUAUCUCGUGUGGAGCUCCACAGACUCUUCCGGACCAAAGGAACCCGCAGCUUCACCUUAUGGCCCAUUCCCUUGCAAGGCAAUUAGCAAAAUCCUAUGGAAAACCGCCAAAAUUGAUCCCGAGCCAUUCAUCAUUUUCUCUGGAGGCAUGCCACGUGCCAGUUACGGUGACAAGCACACAGUCAGUGUGAUGCAGGGCUCCAAUCACACCGUGUUUGACUUCACCUCCAGAGUCAUUGACUUCAUUGCGAUCACUCGGGGAGAUGAGGAUGACACAGAAGAAUCUAGAGCAGAGCACGAUGACCCUCACGCCCUGAUUGUCCUGGUGGAUGAGGAAUUGAUAGUCAUUGACCUGGACACCCCCAACUGGCCACUCUUCCGCCUGCCAUAUGUGAACAGUUUACAUUCCACUGCCAUCACAUGCUCCCAGCAUAUAAACAAUGUACCUGAACAGCUCUGGGAGAAGAUUGUGGAUGCUGGCCAGGCUCAGAACAACGCUUACUCAGCCAGGGAAUGGCCAAUAACUGGUGGAAAGGCCUUAGUGGACGCUCCGGUUUCCAGAGAUUUGCUGCUCACUGGCCACGAGGAUGGCGCAGUGCGCUUCUGGGAUGCCUCUACCACAAGUCUACAGCUGAUGUACAAGCUCACCACUGCACCUCUCUUUGGCUCUGAUGUUGGGUCUAGUGACAAUGCUGCUGGAGAGGAGGAAGAGUGGCCUCCCUUCAGGAAGGUAGGAACUUUCGACCCAUACAGUGAUGACCCUAGACUGGCCAUUCAGAAGAUCGCACUGUGUUCUCUGAGCGAGACCCUUAUUGUGGCUGGAACUGCAGGUCAAGUGGUCAUCCUACAGAUGGAGAGAGAAGAGCGAGAACAGGAGGUCAAGGGCGUGAAUGUCAACAUUGUCGGGGAGAGAGACAACUUUGUGUGGAAAGGACACGAAGCCCUGACCCUGAAAGAAGGAGAUCAGAAGUUCGCCCCAGGAUUCCAACCCACCUGUGCUGUACAGUUAUGUCCCCCUGCUGCCUGCACCGCUCUUGCCUUCCAAUCAGAGUGGCAACUUGUGGCGGCUGGUACAGCACAUGGAUUUGCCUUGUUCGAUUAUCUCCAGAAGAAAGAAGUGGUGACAAAAUGUACUCUUAACCCUAACGAUUUGACAGGGGUUGUUCAAGACACGAGCAUGUCGAGAAGGAAAUCCUUCAAAAAGUCACUGAGGGAAUCGUUCAGACGGCUGAGAAGACGACGAUCAGAGCGCCGAAGGGCAGAGGAACAGGGCAAGAAAGAGGGCACAGAAAAGGGCAUUGAGCAGAAGGACACCACCCCACCGGCUGAGGCUGGAGCUACUGCUUCCCCUACCCCUGCUGCGGACCCAGAGGCGGGUGCAGCUGCCGCUGCUGUGGAGCGCAAACCUGUGGAGAGACAAGUGGAGGCUCGCAGUACAGAAGAUUUCAAAGCCUCUCUUGUUAGAUGCCUGUAUUUUGCGGAGACAUUUGUCUUGAAUGGUUCACAGCCAAGCGCUACUCUCUGGGCUGGUACCAACUCUGGCACAGUUCUCAUAUUUACCAUCACCCUUCCCGCCAGUGACAAACGAGCCGUAGAUGAAAUCUCUGCAGUGCUGGCUAAGGAGAUUAAGUUGCGCCACCAUGCCCCAGUUAUCUCUAUUGCCGUGCUAGACAAACAGAAUCGUGUGGUGCCCGCACCGCUAGAAGUGCAGCAUGAGCGUGCCAAGGCACCGGACAUGUCAGGCGAUCAUCAUGUUAUCAUCUGCUCAGAGGAACAAUUCAAAUUGUUCAGUUUGCCACAUCUAAAGCCAGCUUACAAGUGCAAGUUGACGGCUGUUGAUGGAGCAAGGGUACGGCGACUUGAUUUCGUCAAUUUCCGCAGCAAAACAGAUGAAAACUACAAUGAGUUUGACAUUGCUUGUUUGACCAAUCUAGGAGAUUUAAGUGUGUAUUCAAUUCCUAACCUACGUAGACAGCUCAUGCAAUCAGGCUGUAUAAGGAAAGAGGAUAUCAAUGGCAUUUCAUCCUUCAUCUUCACACGGAAUGGCCAGGGCUUCUUCCUGAGCUCAGCAUCAGAGUUUGUGCGUGUGUCGCUUUCAGCUCAGCUCAUCACACUGCCCCUGUGUGAGGUAGAACUGAAGGAGGGUAUGAGGCCGGAGCCAGAGCCUGAACCUGAGGUGGCGGCCUGCCCUGAGGCAGGGACACCCGCCAUUCAGGUGACAGCUGCUGAGGAUAGCGAGACAACUGGAGCUGAAGGAGCUGUUGGUGAAGGAGAAACAUUAGAACAGUCGGCAGUAGAGGACCACAAUGACUCCCGAGCUGAUACCACAGCUGACAUCACAGUGGACAGCGUUACAGUCAAUCCUGAUGUUGUUGGAGACACAAGUACUCAGAGCGCAGAGGUGGUUACUACGGUUACAGAGGUCACAGUUGGUGGAGUUACCAAGGAAACAAAUGCUGAUGACGACACCAAGGCAACUCAAGAACCCCAUGAAGAGACUAAGGGUAUCAUAGAUACAGCUACAGAUAAGCUGGAGGACUUGAAGAUCGAGGUCAAGGAUGCAGUUCUGGAGAAGGUCAAGGCUGUGGAGGGAGAGAAUGAGAACCAUGUUGUUGAGGCUGUGAAUUAAAAACUCGCCCAUGGCGCCAGCUCUAAUUAUGCUCAAUCAGAUCUGUAGCUGCUUUGUUGUUGGAGUAGAUGUAAUGUGUUGGGGCGGUUUUUAGAAGUCUUCUACAUUUUACCAGUUUUUAAUUGGCUGUGGAUCUGCGUGCGGAUGUGUGGACUACGCAAUUGUGUAUUGUUUUUGUGCAAUUGCAAUGCACAUCACUGCUCCCCUUGGACCUGCUCAUCUUCCUGUAUUCCUUCAUCCCUCAUCAUUAUGAUUGGGGACAGCAUCGCUGAUUUUAUGGCCAACAGUAUUUGUUGUUGUAGUUACUAGUGGUUUAAUGUCUAAUGUUGAAAAGUAUCGACUGUAGUUAUUGCUGUCAGACGAGGCAUUUUAUUGUAACUCUUCGGGCUUGAUGCAUUUAUUGCUUUAUGCAUAUAUUGAUGAAAUGAUUUUAAAAUGAUGCUAAUGUUACUGUUAUCUAUGCGUAGUACAGGCUGAUUGGACCAACAUGUUUUCCAUAAUGUACUGAUUGGAAUUGUUAAUGAUGUGGUGGUGUCCAUGGUAUUCUUGCUCCAUGCCUUUGUGCCUUGUACAUGACUAGCUUUUAAACAACCCCUUCCCGGCCCCGCUCCGAGUCUUUACAUUGAUGUGUUUUCAUCAUGCCAUGUCUCAUUGUCAGUUGUUUUUUUUUUUUUGUUUUUUUUUUUUUACAACCCACUGAUUUCAUUGUUAACAUCAAUUUCAUUGUUAACAUCAAUUUCAUUAACCACUAAUGGUAAGAUUAUUUUGUCACAAAUUUUUAAUUUUAUCAUGAACAAAUUUAAUAAAUGUUUUGCCUGC